AUACGAGCUCUAGUGCACGCGCGCGCGCGCACACACACACAUACACACGCAUAGAUCUGUUUCUGUAUCUUUUUUUUACAGUCUAUGAUCUGUACGGGCUGAUGAUCGUGGAUAUACUUUAUGUUCUUGCGUGCGUAUCUUUAAUAACAUCCAAUCUGACUCAGAAAGCGUUUUAAAAUGUCAUGUAUCUAUCGAUCGUUAAUUCAUAGUUGCUGAUUGUAUAACUGCGCGCUAUUUGUAAACACUCAGUUGUUACGUAUUGUAGCCUUUAUGACAGCAAUGUUUCAUUUAUUACGUCAAAAAUCUACGUAUAGAGCAACUAUUAAAUGCAAACAUGUGGUCCAAUAUGAAACACUUCUGAAACGAAACCCAAUGCAUGGGGCAUGGAGGAGGUCUUUCAACGCUGAACAUACUUGCCUUGAAUCAAGAGCACUUCCUUUAGUUCAUCAUGUCAAAUACGUAUGUGACCUCCCUGAAAACCACAGGUUUCCCAUGGGAAAGUUCCCCAAAGUCCUGGAGAGUCUGCUCAGAGAUCAAGUCAUAACAGAUAAACAGGUGUGGGCCCCUAAGAUUGCCUCCAAAGGGCUUCUGGGAUGUGUUCAUACUGAGGAGUACCUGUCCAACUUUAUUGAUGGAAAAAUCAGUGAGAAAGAUCAGAGACGGACUGGAUUUCCUUGGAGUUCUGGUUUAGUACAACGCUGCAGAUAUGAAACAGGUGGCACUGUGCUGGCAGGAGAGAUCGCCCUGCAGAGGGGACUGGCGUGCAGUACAGCCGGUGGGACCCAUCAUGCCUUCCCAGGCUACGGCGCAGGCUUCUGCCUCCUCAAUGACUUGGCUGUGGCCGCCAAACACUUGAUGGGUGAGUCCGCAUCCAAGAGGAAGAUUCUCAUCGUAGAUCUGGAUGUACAUCAGGGUGAUGGCACAGCAUUCAUCUUUAAGGAUGAACCCAAUGUUUUUACCUUCUCAGUGCAUUGUGGGACAAACUUUCCUUUGCGAAAGCAGCAGAGUGACCUAGAUGUCAGUUUAGAAGAUGGCACUGAAGACAAAGAGUAUCUUUCCAAAGUCCAGGAACACCUCCCUUGGUUACUGGAGACAUUCCACCCUGAACUGGUGCUGUAUGAUUCUGGAGUCGAUCCACACUGGGAGGAUGAACUUGGAAGACUUCGUCUCACAGAUGAAGGACUUUACCAGAGGGAUCUUUAUGUACUUCAGACAGUCAUUAAAAAGGGCAUUCCUGUAGCCACUGUCAUUGGAGGAGGCUAUUCAAGAGAUAUUGAUCGACUGGCACGCAGGCACUCAAUAAUUCACAGAGCUGCUUCAAAGGUUUGGAGAGAAUAUGGACUUUAACACCAGGAUGGAAAUGGACAGCAGAUGCUAAACAAACUGAAAUCAUUGGUGUUGAGAGGGACCAUAUGAACAUUCGGUCACAGUUUAGUUUGAGGAAUAAAUAUUCACUAUUAACUAUGACUUUUGCCUUAAUGUACUCCUAAUUUACUGCUUAUUAAUAGUUAGUAAGGUAGUUGUUGUAGUGGUUACAUUUAGGUAUUGGGUAGGAUCAAGUGAUGUAAAAUAUGGUCAUGAAAAAUAAGGCAUUAAUAUGUGCUAAUAAACAGCCAAUAUGCUAGUAAUAUGCAAGCUAGUAAUAAGCAACUAGUUAAUAGUGAGAAUACGUCCCCAAACUAAAAUGUUACCGAACAUUCUCUUGUGCCAUUGCUAUUGGAUGCAAUAGAUCUCAUGAAUAAAAAUCCCAUAUUUAUUCAAACGAUAAA